AUGAGUAGCGUAUUCCGGGCCUCUUACCGUGUGCUCCAACGGCACGCGCAUGAAAGCCCCGUUAUCUUCUACUCUUGUGUGAUUGGCCUCAUCGGUCCAGCUCUUCUAGUCACUGUGCCUCCACUCAAGGAACAACUUGGCUACAAGCCUGCCGAACCUAUCCCCCUUUCUUACCCUCUACCCAACCGCCCACGCAGACCAGUGCACGGUUUCGAAGACGAAUGCACUCUUCACCCAUAUACGCGCGCCUUUGCUACCCCAGCAACUUCACAAGACAUUGUCGAUGACAAUAAAAAACCUCGGAAAUCAACUACGCCGUUGCGUCGUUCGGCCUCUGAAUCAUUGCCCAUCCGUGCCAACCCAACGCCAACCAGAAGCAGCAUUCAGCCCGUUUCGACUCUGGCAACGGCCGAACGUUAUCUACUUUCUCGCCUUCGUAGCCAGAACGGCCUUUCUUUGAAUGCGCAGAAGCUCUAUGAUGCAUGGUGGGUAUCUCGUUGGACGACGAGUCAAGGCAAAGAGGGGGAAGUAUUCGUUUUCGGAAACGGUAGCGUUGUCUGCUGGGGUCUGGACGAGGAUGAUGCACACCGUUUCACAAUGGAAGUCAUUGGACGUGUUCCUGGUGUCGAAAUAGCGCCACUCAAAGCUCCGGAGACAGAAGAGCUUGAAUUUGUUGUCGAUCCCAGCGAGUUCAGUGCUUUUCUUUUCUUACAAUCCAAACGGCCACUAAUCUGUGACGAAGGACAGGGCCCAACUUUGAAUGAAGUUGCUCCACCCACACCUCUUCCAUCUAUGGUGUUUCCGCCGGAAACAUUAUUUGCGCGCUACGCUUUCUCGCAAGCUCUUUCCCGCUCAACGGCGUUAUCCGCACUGGAAGUGUCGUUGGACGAAUAUCUGUCGUCUAUGGCGUUGCUCCCUCACUCCCUUGCCCAAACUGGCAAGCCCCAGAUGUCUCGUUUAGCUCUGGUUAAGAAGCUGGGAGAGUUGAUGAAGUUUCGUCAAGGCUUGAACCUGAACCACGAAAACUUUAGCGACGUACCCGACUUUUACUGGACCGAACCUGAGCUGGAAAAAUACUUCAACUCCGUCAGCAAGGCAUUAGACGUUGGCGUUCGGACAGACUCGGUCAAUGACAAGAUCACCUAUGCAGCAGAGGCUCAGUCGGUCCUCCGACAACUCUUAACAGAAUCGUCCACGCAUAGCAUGGAAUUGGUUAUCAUUGCUUUGAUCGCCGUUGAGGUCGUUAUUGCUCUCAUCCGCGACGGACCGGAACUAUGGGAAAUGUUCACAGGCGCACCAGUGCAACAUGAACAAGACAAAUCGCGACACUAUUCUAAUCACAUUGUAGCCUAG